AUGCUGCUGCGUCAUGCUGUUCAGAAUCGCAAAUUUACCAUUUCUGGACGCGUAUUCACGUUUGGACCUACCCGUUGCAGGUCGAAAACGAGCAAAACGCCAAUAUUCGCACCUGGAAGCGAACCAGAAAGAUUUAAAUCAGGUAAAGAUGACGUUGAGAGGUCGGAAAACUCGAAAGGAAGCGCGAAUAGUCCCCCAAUCAUUACUCCAGGUUGGACGUUGCAAGACGCGUUGCAGAGACCAAUGUUGGAAGACGACACAAUAUUUCUUGAGCCUAUAUCUGAGACAAAGGUCCCUGUUACAAAGUCAGAGACGUCUGGCUAUGGGCCACAGGCGUACCAAAGUGCAAAAUGGCUGUAUAGAGACCCCAAGAUCUCAGCAGGUUCGCUCGGGUGGAGCUACGACCCCGUCGAGUCUCCCCUCCCCCCGACACCAACGACGCGCAAGGAACUGGUCAGGAAUAUCGUUGCAAUGUGCAGCGCGAAUCCCGUCAUUCCGCUCGUCAAGAUAGUGGACUACCAUUCUACCUUUCCCUGGCUACACACUCCACGCUCGUUCAACGCACUCAUAUCCCUUGCCGUACGCCACACGGCGGUCAAGACGACAAGAAUGCUAAUACGGGGGAUGAAAGCGCAGAAUAUCUAUUAUACGGAGCGCACGCUCGUACUGAUUACGCGGCUGCGGCUGCGGGUCGCCCACCGUGUUUUCCAAUUCCUACGGCUGGGUCGCAACCCUCCUGGUGUGAUGCCAAGGUUGAUGAGUGACAUACAGUCUCUUGAACGGCAUCCUCAUCUUCACGCGUGGAUACUUCAUCAAGAAGUAUCCCAGUCCGCACUUCUCAACACUCUCCAGCAUAACGGUUCGCUCCGCAUUCUUCGAGAACAUUUGACUAUCUCACAUCGACGGCAUUCUAAUCGGUACAAACAAACGUUUUUAUACGCAUAUCGGAGAGAGCUCAGGAUGCUCGAAGAUAUUGAGAGGAUGCUGCGAGAGGGCGACACGCCGUUUGCACCACGAUGGCAUCUCCUACGUCAACGUGGUACCCAUACUCUUAAUUUACCGGAGGUCUCGAAGCGGACGUCUGUUAUGCGAUCUGCAUACAGCCGACUGGAGAGCCUACCCGCCGCUUGCUUCGAUCCAUCUGCCAACCCAGUGCCGAGCGCCGCUGUUCAGCAAAUCUUGAACGAUGAAGCGCUAAUAGAGCGUUUCCGUCGGGAUAGAGCGACUUUUUCGCUCUUCAUCCGGCGAUUAUUAUUGGAGGGUUUGCGAGGGACUGCGUUUACCCACGCGAUGGCGUACAUCCGCCACCUGUGUCAUGGAGUAAAGUCGUUGCCUGAAGGCACCAAUGCCAACAUUUUGACGGUCCUUCACAUUCUCAUGCAUCGCAAAUAUGGAUGCGUGUCGUACAAGGUCGGAAUGAAGAUAUUGACCGAAAUUCUCGCCAUUCACCCGGAUAUAAAACCCAAUGCCACAACCCUGUAUGUGCUCCUUCAAACGCUGCGAGGUGCCUCGCGCAGGGGAGUGCGGGCAGUCAAGGCUUUGGAAUGGUUCGCGAAGCGCUGGGAGGACGUCGAGGAUGAGCGCGUUCGACGGACGAUCGCCAAAUAUGGGCUGGAGGAGCGAAGCGAGAAAGGGCUCGGCAUCGCGUGGGACAUGGCAGAGAGGGAAGCUCGGUAUGGGACCCGCUGGAGGGAUUCUCGGGGCUCGUUUCACGACCUGCGUGGGUCGCAGGCAAUGGCGUUUGAACGCACCUUCACGUAUCAUUGCAGAGACCGCAACAACAUUGCUUCCGCCCGUCGUGAGGCCGACUCGUUGAAGGAGAAGAUUCGUGCCAAAAAGGAGGCCACCGCGGAUACAAGUCUGCGCGCAAUGGCCGCUGAGGUGGAAACGCUGCCCCGCAUCGUGAUGAAGCCGAGGAGGGCGCUCAAAGGCCAUCUUGCAAAGAUUUACGCGAUGCACUGGGCUGCAGAUAAACGCCAUCUCGUCUCCGCGUCCCAGGACGGCAAGCUCAUUGUGUGGGACGCUUACACGACGAACAAGGUCCAUGCCAUCCCAUUGCGCUCGUCCUGGGUCAUGACCUGCGCCUACUCGCCCUCUGGCAAUUUCGUCGCUUGUGGUGGUCUUGACAAUAUUUGCUCGAUUUACAACUUGCGUUCCAAAGAGGGAGGCAUCGGCUCCGUCAAAGGGGCGCGCGAGCUCAGUGCACACUCGGGCUACCUUUCUUGCUGCCGCUUCAUCAACGACAGACAGAUUGUCACCUCGUCCGGCGACAUGACCUGCAUGCUCUGGGACAUUGAAGCCGGCGUGCGAGUCAUGGAAUUCAGCGACCACACCGGAGAUGUGAUGAGCCUUUCACUUGGCCCGAAUCAAAACGUGUUCGUUUCGGGUGCAUGCGACGCGACCGCAAAACUUUGGGACAUUCGAAGCGGCAAGGCCACCCAAACAUUUGUUGGCCACGAGUCUGAUAUCAACGCCGUCCAGUUCUUCCCUAACGGCGACGCAUUUGCGACUGGUUCCGACGAUGCUUCAUGCCGUUUGUUCGAUAUCCGAGCCGACCGCGAGCUCAACUCGUUUACACAUGAUCAUAUCCUUUGUGGCAUCACCUCUGUUGCCUUUUCCAUCUCUGGCCGUCUUUUGUUCGGUGGCUACGACGACUGGACUUGCAAUGUCUGGGACACCCUCAAGGGCGAGCGGGUCGGCGUCUUGACCGGCCAUGAAAAUCGUGUGUCCUGCCUUGGUGUCUCCACCGACGGUAUGGCCCUCUGCACGGGAUCCUGGGAUAGUACGCUUCGCGUCUGGGCAUAA